AUGUUUAAAUGGACAUACCAUCGAUUCUAUGGUGAUUCAUGGAAAAUCGAAUGUUCAACUCGAAAUGGUCAGAUGAUGACAUUGAUUGAAGUUUCUCGUGAAAUAAAUCAACGACUUACGAAGAUUUUUCUACAUGAUGAACAAGGACGACGAGUAUGUCAUGGCGACGAUAUUCGUUUUCAAAAAGAUCCACAUUGGUGUGAUCUUCUUCUCUUUGAUGAAUACUUUCAUGGAGACAAUGGUCAAGAGUUAGGUGCAAGCCAUCAAACUGGUUGGACAACUCUCAUCAUUCGUAACAUUUCGGAUAUAGCUAUGAUGAGAGUAAAGAAUAAUACUAAUGAAAAAUGA